GCGAGUCAUAAUUAAACUGGUCUAAUACCUUUACCACUUGCAGUAAGUGUUUAUUGGUAUCCAUAAACCAACUUUAAUAAGCUUUUCUUACUUCAUAAGAGUUAAUUAACAAAAUCGUCCCUUAGAGAUCUUAAUGUCAUGAUCGCCUUACUUAUCAUCAAUCCACACGAAUCCAUCAAUAACUUUCAUCUUAACUGAAAGUAAGAAGAAAAAAAAAAAGAAAAAGAAAAUUAUGAGAAGGAUUGAUUUGUAUUAAUGAAAAAGGUUUUGUGGUCAUAGUUGCAAUAUUUAACAGUUCAGUGGUGGUUAAUUAAAUAACCCCACAUUUCGCAAUUCCAAAUUCGCGGGUCAAGUCGUCUUAAAUAUCAAAAAGUUCGGAUCAUUACAAAACGGGUAAUUGGUUUUGCCCUAAAUUCCUGGCGGUGGCGCUGUGAUUCGGCAACCGAGCAACCGGCGUCCGCCACUUAGCUGAGAAGCCGUCUAAAGAGCGAGAUAAAGAAGAGAGAUUCUAAGCAAUUUUCCCUAAUUCUCCUCUAAAAGGUGCGUUUUCGUUUUCCGAAUAUUUCUUUUGUAUAUGGAUACUCAGUUUUUUGAGUUUCUCUGGUCUGUCGGUUCAAAUAAACCAGAAGGGUUUGGAAAUUGAUGUUUGAUAGUAAACUAAGAGAAUGGCGUUCCCAUUCCAUUAGGAUUUGGUGUGUUACUUGCAUGGUAGCUAAUAAGGAAUUACGCAAUUGAUGGCCCGAGGUUUUGAAAUUUGAUCUGUUUGAUGUUGUUGGCUAGCGCAGAUAUUGGCUAAUGACGCUUAAAAAGUGUUGAUUUCUUACUUCUUAGGAUGAUUUGCAAGUUGCUGCUUCCUGUUUCUGUUGGCCUGAGAAGUAGUUAUAUUUUUAAAGUUGCCAGUUGCUAUUUGAAGAACCCAGAGUUUCAAAAACUUUUAAUACACCGUCAGGAGGUUUAUUGUUUAGUUUCUCGGGCUUGUAGUUAAGAAAAGGGCAAAAAAUGGGGUUCUUUUUCAGUUUCUCAAAUGAAAAAGUUAUUAUUUCGGUCCUGAAUUUGUUGUGCUUUCAUUAUUUACAUGUCUCACUACAAGUUCUGUUUUUGUCCUUUCAAGUCUGUUCACUUGUGGAACGUGUAUUGAACUCAAAAGCAGGUAAGGAUAAGGAAAUAUAUGUUUGACAUAAAAUUUUUUCAGCUAAUUUUUUUGAACAGAAGUUACAGCAAAUCAGAUCUACAUUUCUGUUAUAACCUUACGAUCAUAUGGCGCUGGUCUAUUGGUUUGUAGGCGUUUUUUUAUUGAAAUACAAGAUGGUUUGUUUUUGUGACAUUUGAGUAAAUACUCGACAAGUAUAGGGCCUCCAAGAGUCUGGCCCUGUGGCCCUGCUUGUGGAGCUUUCGAUUUCUACUUAAUGGAUGAUUUUACUGUAGUUAUGAGGGAGGUAGGGAGUGAAGAUUUCUAAUGAUGGCGGGAGUGAUCGGAUGAUAGUGUUUACAUAGCUUAAUAUCACAAACAUAAGGCAAGAAUGUUCUGUGAUGUAUUCAACAGUUAUAUUUUAGUAAUUUGGGAUAGUUUCAUUUUAUUCAUUCUUCAGCUGACAGAACUUUCUUUGUUUCGUCUUUGGUUUUGCAGAUUGCUGUCAACAGUUAAUUUCAUUGUGUUCUGCUCAAGGAAGUUCCUGUCUUUUAUACAUCUCUGGUGAUGAAAAUACUUGAAGAGUAUGCGGGUGCACUUACUAAUUUUGAAGUCCUUGACUUUCUGAGAUCUAAAGUCAAUGGGAAGGACCCAAAAACACAACUUAGUCCCUCUGAAUUCAAGGUAGGAUGCUGAUCACAUUAAGUAAUGUGGAUGCUUUUUCUUGGCUGAUGGUUUCAAGUAUUUCAUGCAGGUUUACGAUUAUCUUGAACAAACGGCUGCUUCUGUUCAAACGAGGGAUAUUGUGAACAAGUUCAUAAAUGAAUGUAAAAGUUAUGACCUUGCACCGGCUGAGAUACUCAACAUCAUUAAUAUUAGGCCAGCAUCUGAAGUUGAAGUUUAUACGAUAAUUGAGGAUUGCGAGAAUCGCUCUGGAAUUGAUACAGAAAAAUUGGUGGAGACUGUGGUUCAGGUGUUGCCUGCUCCGCCAACUGAAAUGGAACAUGAUGAAGGGGCUGCUGCAAAUGAAGAAGAAGCUGUUGCAAAUGAAGAAGAAACUGCUGAUAAAGACCAGAACGAGGUUACAGCAUGAAUACUACUGAUAGAACUCAUAGGGUUAGCUUUUUAACCUGGUGUUGGAGUGGAAGAUUAUCUUCCAGCGUUUUGUAGACUGAAGAUGGUCCUUCCCAAACUUGUUAUUACUCUGAUCUAACCUAUAUAAAGUACUACGCUAAGUUUUUGUUGGAUUUGAACUAAAUCUUCUGGUCAUCGUUGUCUUUCAAUAGAAUUAGUAUCCUUGCUUUUGUUUUCCGGAGCCAGAUUCUUGUGAAAUCUUAAUCAGGCUAAUGAAUGCCAUAGAUCAACCAUGACUAAAAUCGUCUCCAUUUUGGAGCAUCAUAGAAACUGUGUGCAGUAACUUUAUGUGGUGGUACUACUUCUGUACAAAUUUAGGGUUUAACAUGAACAAGAUUUUUUCAU